GACACAGACGAGUUUGUCUUGAUGUUUCCUAGAAGUAGGAGAAAGAAUAAUCAAGCAAGCUCUCGUCCUUUCCGUUCCAUCAAAACUUGCCACUUUCUUCUCUCCCUCCCUCUACAACAGGGAGGGAGUGUGUACGGUCAACUCUUCCAUACCAACACCCUCUCCUUCGUUCCCAUGUCGUAGUCGCGGUGCAACUCUUGAAUGGAUAAAGACAAACUCCUCGUUGAGUGCUUAUGGAGGAAGAAAAUAAGAAGCAAAAAUGAAUUACACUUUUCCCAUACACUCAAACUAGCUUAUGCGUGAAAAUGUUGCACCGCGUCUGGGUGGUGGAUUUGUGAAUAGGCAGGAGUUGUUUCCCUGUCUAUGUAUUGUCACUAGAUUGAGAGAACUGCUGUGAUUGGGUUUUGAUUUCAACUCACUGAUGGAGUGCAACAAGGAUGAGGCUUUGAGGGCUAGGCAGAUUGCUGAAAAUAAGAUGCAAGCUGGUGAUUUUGAAGGGGGGCUGAAAUUUGCUACAAAAGCCCAAAGGCUGUUUCCUGAGAUUCAGAACAUUCUUCAGAUCCUUGCUGUUUGUGAGGUUCACUGUGCUGCACAGAAGACAUACUCUGGGUCAGACAUGGACUGGUAUGGAAUUCUUAAGACUGAAAAGUCCGCCGAUGAAGCAACCAUAAAGAAACAGUAUAGGAAGCUUGCACUGCUACUUCAUCCUGACAAAAAUAAAUCUGCUGGUGCAGAGGCUGCUUUCAAGUUGAUUGGUGAAGCUAACAGAGUGUUGAGUGACCAAACGAAGCGUGCUUUGUAUGACUUAAAGUUUGGAGUUCCUGUGGGAAAUACAGCAACUAAGGUGCCACCUCGUCACCCAAAUGGAAAUGCUUCUGGGAUGGGAUGUGAUGGAACUGCAAGAAAUUGUCAGAACAGUUAUUUUUCACAAUACCAAGCUUGGAAUGCAUACCAUCGGGAUGAUAAUCAGACAUUCUGGACAUGUUGCCCUCAUUGUAAUACUAGAUAUCAAUAUGUCAAAACCAUUUUAAAUCAUACCAUACGCUGUCAACAUUGUUCUAAAUCCUUUACAGCUCAUGAUAUGGGGAACCACAAUGUGCCACCAGGAUACUGGGCACCAUUUAAUAACCAGAAAGAGCCUCCAAAACAUGCAUCGUCUAAAGAAGCAUCAAAAGGCUAUGGUGGAAAAUCUUCUGGUAGAGAACAGGAGGGUGUAUCCAUGUCAAAAUGCUCAGCUGGUAUUGGUGCCCAUUCUAAAGUUGCAAAGAGAAGAGAUGGUCAUGUGGCUGCAGGAGUGACGAAGGCUGGUGUUGGGACAUCCGACCCCACUAAUUCCAAAGCCAAGGAAUUGCGAGCCUCAACAAAGGUUGGACAUAAGAGAUCAAGGCAGUCAGCAUCAGAUGAUGAUAAGAAAGCUGCAAACGGUAAAGCCGUGAAAGAUACCAAGGUUCAAGAAAAUAGGGUUGAUCCUAAUAGGAGAUCUUCAAGGAAAAAACAGCAUGUUUCGUACACAGAAAAUGAUAAAGAUGGUAAUUUUGGGAAUUCUUCCAAAAAGCCAAGACACCAUAAAUCCAGUAACAAUAAUCCAGCCUCUUUUACUGAUGGUGUGGGUGGUCAGAAUGGAGAGAUAAGAAAUAAAGCAAGUGCACCACCUGGAGAAACUAUUUUAAGGAAUAAAACCAAAGUUGAGCAGACAAAUGUGCAAAGAAAGGAGGCAUCCAACUCAGAUCUUAAUGAUAGAAAGUCAAAAGCUGACAAUUGUUCUCCACUCAAGUCAAAUUUUCCUCCCACUUCAGAGAUUUGCUGUCCUGAUCCAGAUUUCAGUGAUUUUGAGAGAGAUAAGGCAGAGGAUUGUUUUGCUGUUAAUCAAUUAUGGGCUAUUUUUGACAAUACCGACAGUAUGCCAAGAUUCUAUGCUCUUGUCAAGAAAGUGUACUCCCCUUUCAAAUUGCGGAUUACUUGGCUGGAACCUGACUCAGAUGACCAAGGUGAGAUUGACUGGCAUGAAGCAGGUUUGCCUGUUGCUUGUGGUAAGUUCAAACUAGGUCAUUCUCAGAGAACUUCAGAUCGCUUUAUGUUCUCUCAUCAGAUGCAUUGCAUAAAAGGAAUUGACACUGGUACUUAUCUGAUAUAUCCAAAGAAGGGAGAAACUUGGGCAAUUUUCAGACAUUGGGAUCUUGGAUGGAGUUUUGAUCCAGAAAAGCAUUCAGAGUAUCAAUUUGAAUAUGUGGAAGUUCUAUCUGAUUUUGAUAAAAAUGUUGGCGUUAAAGUUGCUUAUCUUAGCAAACUAAAAGGGUUUGUUAGUCUCUUUCAGCGAACUGUGCUAAACAGAAUUAGCUUCUUUUGUAUUUUGCCUAAUGAGCUAUAUAAGUUCUCUCAUCACAUUCCUUCAUAUAAGAUGACAGGUGCUGAAAGGCAAGAUGUUCCAAGAGGAUCUUUUGAACUUGAUCCUGCUGGUCUGCCUAAUAGUCUUUUUGAAGUCGGUGAUCCUGGUGUUGUGAAGAUGGAUGGUGUCAAUUGUUCGCACCACGAAUACUCGAAGUGUAAAGUUGAAGAGGCAAUGCCUAAUGAUAGUAUUCACAAAGCAACACUGCGAGAGAGUAUUGAUUCUGGAAGAGUAGCACAAAUCCUCAGAAGAUCACCAAGGUCAAGUAAAAAAAGUAUGGACAAUGGUCAAGCAAGCACUAGUCAAUAUAUAGUCAGAAAGGAUGACAUAAACAUUGUCCACAGGGAUGACAGUCCACCAGAGGGAAACACUGCUGCAUCUCAGACUAUUAAGAGGAAGGUCAAGACACCUCAGAAACAUGAGAAAAAUAAUUAUGAAGGAGAGGCAUUGAAAGCUCGAAAGUCACCUAAAGAUUUAGGCAAGAAAAAUGCUCAAGGAGAUGCAGGUGAAUAUUCAAGCAACAGUAAAAAUGUGAAGGUUAGCAAUAUUCCUCAGUCGGUGGGAGCAUCAUGUUAUGGCUUUAAGAAGGAAAAAUCUGAAGAGAUGUUUCGGUGUGGUCAGAUAUGGGCAAUAUAUGGUGAUAGGGAUCAUAUGCCUGAUACUUAUGCUCAAAUUAGGAUAAUUGAAUGCACUCCUAAUUUUCGAUUGCAGGUGUACUUACUUGAACCCUGCUCACCACCAAAUGACUUAAAAAGAACAACAUCUUGUGGCACCUUUGCAGUUAAAGAAGCCAAAUUACGGAUGCUUUCUCUCUCUGCAUUCUCUCAUCAAUUAAAAGCUGAACUCGUGGCAAAUAAUAGAUAUGAAAUUUACCCUAGAAAAGGUGAGAUUUGGGCUCUAUACAAGGACCAGAACUAUGAACAGACUUCUUCAAAUCAGGGCAGAGGUGAAUGUCAUAUAGUAGAAGUAUUAGCAGAUAAUAACAAGAGUUUCCAAGUUGUUGUUCUGGUGCCGCAUGGCAGCUCUCAGACAAUUUUCAAGGCUCCUAGAAUUCAGAGAUCUAAAACUGGUGUAAUUGAAAUAUUAAGAGAAGAGGUUGGCAGAUUUUCACAUCAGAUUCCUGCUUUUCAGCACAGCGACAAUGUUCAUCUCAGAGGGUGUUGGGAGCUUGAUCCUUCAUCAGUACCUGGCUGUUUGAUACCAAUAGACUGAAGUAUAGCAUUUUUAUACCCACUUGUCCUCUUAGUUCGUUGUAGUGAACCUAAGUUUUCUUAUAUGAUAUAACCAGCUAUUCUGUGAAGCAGCAAAGUAUGGAAAUGUGUUCAAGAGAUUUCCUCAAUCAUUCCAUGUUUAUUGAUCAGUUGCAUUAGUUAAAGCGGCUGUUAUCACAUUCUGGCUAUGUUCUUGUUAUCAUCGGUGUGUGCUGAUACGCGGGACGCCUGAUCUUGUGUUGGGACUUGGACGUUCCUUAACUGUGUCUAUGAUCCUGUUUGCUAUGAUAUCCCGAGUUCACCUCAAUUUGAUAAUUUUACUAUGCCACUCAGCCAGAAUAAAAAAAGUGAUAGGACAUCAUGAUCGGGAGAAACGUGAUCUAUGCUUUGCUGGUAAGUACAUUUUCGUAGCAGCUUGUUACCGGGAACUACACUAUCUGCUUUAUUGGGCAGUUGGGACAAGGUAAUGCAUGUUACAAUUGAAAGUUAAAUUUUAAAAUAAGGCUAUGCAAACGAGAAAAUUAAAAGACAUUAGUUUUAAUUGUUAUAAUUAAAAACAAGAUAUACAAAUUAUUUAAAAGAAGAUAAAACAAAAAUUUAAGUCAUUUUGAGAUAAAUAUGAUUUUGUGUUUAGAUUAUUGGUAUAAUUCAAGUCAAGACAAGUGUUGAUUAAUAUUGCAGGUUAGUAAAAGGCAAUGUAUUGAGCAGUAGCCAGUAAGGUGUAACUAUGUUCAAAAGCAAUUUCUACGUUUAACAAACGUACUAUUGUUUUUAUGAAACAUGCUGACUGGAUUUUGAAAUUUCCUAGAAGAAAAUUAUAAAUUUAUUGCGUCACCCACAUUACACCAACUCAGCAUAGCGAGUUCAUUGUUUUCGGUUUUUGCCUCGACUUUGUUUGGGGGAAUACUUUGAUAUAGUUUGUGCUUGAAUGACAUUAGCAUCGUGUUUGGUCAAAGUACUUUUUAUUUUAUUUUAAGUAUUGAUAAUAAAUAGUUGAGCAAAUGCUGCUUAUGUAAAUAAGUAAACUACGUUACCCGCUUUGAAUCAAUUAUACUAUACCAUCUCAGCAGAGCGAGUGGAUUGUUUUUGCCUCCA